GGAGAGGAGAGUUGCGAGGCAAAACUGCUAGUCACAUGAGCAGAGAUCUGUUUACAAACCCAAGGUAGAGCAGAGCAGAGCAAGAGCAAGGGGAGGAAGGAAAAGGCGAAUCCAUUGCAGGCUGUCCCUGAGCACCAUUAUGGAUUGAAAGAGGAAGAGGGGAAGCCUGCCAUGAUAAAGCCAGCUGGAGGUUGGAGAGCCUGAAUUCGACACACGCAGACACACUUGUGUAAACACACUGCCUUUGUCUCUGAUUUUUUUUUCUCUCAAUUGAAGGAGCAGAUGGUUAGAGGAGGAGUAGGAUCACCCCCCUAUGCAAGCACGCACACACACAUUAACCAACUGACACACAAACACACGCUCACCAGCAAAACACCAAACCCAGCUAGAGGACUGUUGCUGACUGCAUGGAGCUGCCCUCACUUUGUUUUGGCUUUGAGGGAAGCACAUCCAUACUGAGGAGGAAUACCAACUGCAGGAGCAGAAGACUGAAGGAGGAGACAACCGAGGAGGAGCACUUGAGGUCUUCAGUCCCGGUCCAAACUCCAGUCCAAAAUCUCCCAAUCUUAACACGGAGUGGUUAAUCCAGAUUUGGAAACGCUGGGCAGCGUAGACUCAGCAAAACUGCACCCCCCGAGGAGUUGUGGAAUCUGAGCAAAUCUGAAAAUAUCUAGAUGGUUGUUUUUGGAGGAGGUGACACAACACCACAAAAGGGCGAUCAAGCUCAGAGUGACUGAAUUCAGGCUCCAAACGGAUUCUGUGUCCCAAGCUUUGGCCCACGAGCUUGGCUCUUCUCCAGCCUUCUCUCACCAGGGCUUGAAUUUACUGCUGCUACCCUGGGAGUCAAAUUUCAUCAACAAUUCCAAUGGUGUAACGGAUGCCUGUGUGGUUUGGGUUGUCAACGCUUUGAACACUACUGCAGCAUGACGUCUGAGAUCUAUCACCUCCCGCUCAAUGUGUAUGUCAUUGUGCUGGGCAUCGGCCUCUUCGUCUUCAUGCUCAGCCUCAUCUUCUGCUGCUACCUUUUCAGGUUGAAACAACAAGGAACAAGGGAGCAGUUCAGCUACAAUGAGGUGGUGCUGAAGGGAGCCAGCAAGAAACUGAGCCUUCUAGGACAAACCUGUGCAGUGUGUCUGGAAGAAUUCAGGACCAGAGAUGAACUGGGAGUGUGUUCAUGCUCACAUGCAUUUCACAAGAAGUGCCUGCUUAAGUGGCUGGAGAUCCGCAGCGUGUGCCCCAUGUGUAACAAACCCAUCCUCCGGCUCCACACCGACGCUCCCCAGGGUGCUGAGGGUCCAAUGGAUCCGGAGGAGGUGUGAGGGAGCUGAGAAAGAAGCAACCUGACUCCCCUUACAUAAACCACACACAUUAAAUACAAUAGGGAUGAUGGACAGUGGUCAUCUUAAAAGACAUCUCACAGGAAAUGUUGAUAAUGAUCCCAAGCGGUCGCCCUGCUGCUAACCUUUGAGCAAUAUGCCUUGAUGGGAAUUGGAUAUUGACAGCACCAAAAGGACUUGGUUAAAUCAGCCAGGGAGUGGGUGGAUGAAUAGGAUCUUUUCACAAAAAAAUGCUCCUAGUUCUAUUUCCAUAUUGCACUGUUCACCAAAAACACGACAGGAAAAAGGAGCCACAUUUAAGAGCAGGAUAUCAUUGCCACUGGACGACAAGUGCGACACUGCCAGAGACAAACACUGCAGGCAUUGAGCAGGACAUUAGAGUACAGGAUCAGUAUGGAUACCUCUAAUAUCUCAGGGGUGUUACCAAUACAGCCAGCACAGACCAUGUCAGUCACCCUAUAACCCUGUGCCACACAUGCAUCUUCAAUACUGCCAAUGUAGGUGAAACGCUCCAGCAGUCAGAGGUAACAACAACCUCCGGCUGAAACCAAGACCAGCGGGAUUACAACCGAUUUAAGUAGACUAUAUUGUUACAGAUUGUGUCCCAUGCCCUUUCCUUUUAAAAAUAAGACUGAUAGGAAACUAGUCUU